AUGCCGCCCGCCCCCCUGGCGGUGCCCUUCUCCUCCGCCGUAGCCCUCCAGUCCUCCAGCAUCGACAGGCUCCCAACCACCUUCAGGGCCAGGGGCCAACCGCUGCAGUAUACGAGAGACAACAUCGAGGACUUCCUCUCCUGUGAGCUCCGCACCCGCCGGCUGGAUGAUGUCCACCAGCACCUGUGGCUAGCCGGGCUGCCCAGGCCCGCGCACGCUCUCCAUCGCCAGGUCUCGUUCGGCCGCAAAAUUCUCAUCUCCGAGGAUCCAAAUGAGCAUCUGACCUGGCACCACUCAUACAACAACACCUUCGUCUUCAUCAAGCCGCUGCCCGAGUUUCUACUGGACUAUCAAUUCUGGGAAACGGGACUGUGCGAGAACCACGAUCUGCACAAGAGCGCGUGCGGCCUCCUGCUCUCGUACGCAUGGCUCAUCGGCCACCGCAGCGACCUCAAGAUCGCCCAUAAGGAGUCCCUCGUCCCCGAAUCAGUCACGUGGGAGGCCUGGCUCAAAUUCAUGGACGCCUUCAUGUCGUACAUCGGCGACCCCGAUCUGCAGACGCACGUCGACCGCCGCUACGCCUACGGCGACCUGCGCAUCUCCCGCCUCAACUCGCUCUACCGCUUCGGAUACGCGGGCUGGUCGCUGCACAAGCUCGUCCACGGGUUCGUGUACGGCUCGACGAGGUACACGGCCUUCUUCGAGAGCCACUUUGGCUGGAUGCUGGCCGUCUUCGUCUACCUCAGCGUCGUGCUGUCGGCGAUGCAGGUGGCGCUGGCGACGGACAGGCUGGCCAAGGAUGAGAGCUUUCAGGAGUUUUCGUACGGGUUUUCUUUGCUGUCCAUUUCCAUUGUACUAGGGGCGAUCUUCCUCAUCUUCCUCGUAUGGGUGUCGCUGUUCUGGUUUCAUCUGUUGUCUACUAAGCAGUACUGUAAAGCAGUGGCAGCUCGUAGGGAGAAGAGCGAACGUGAGAAAGCAUAG